CUUUGAGACAGGACCAAACAUAUUUGAUUUGCAGAUUUAUGUUAAGGAUGAUGCUGGUUUCAUGGACCUACAGGUUCUAACUGUCCAGGUAACAGAUGUGAAUGAGCCGCCUCAGUUUCUAGGCAACUUGGCAAAAGGUAAGAUAUACAGGGGUGUGCAAUGUAGUCCAGAUGGUGGCAUCGGGGAGCACCCUGGGGGACAGAGCAAAACAGAAAAGUAAAUAAACAUGCAGCUGUUUCCCUGGAAAAAACAGCUGCUCGAUGAGCAGGGAAUAAAUAAAAUUUCCUCCAGCCCAGGAUGCCCAGUAAUAAUGAUGAACGAUUUACAAAGCCCUUUGUAUCUAUGGUUUUUCUUGCGCCUCUCCUAGUCCUGGGCAGGAAGAGGAGGUCAGGACCUCCAGUGGAUCAUUCUGAAGGAAGCUGGGCCAAGCCCAUCAGGCUCAUCACUGUGCGCUGCUAGUCACUGACUAAGUUUGUUCUCCCCAUGGACGCUCACCCCUUGAGAGCAGUGUGUGCCUGGAGUCUGCUGCAGAGUAGGGACAAUACUUGAAGGGAACAAAGUAACUUCCUGCAUAAUCUCCCCCUGGCUUAUGGCUUUGAAUGCCAUCCAUACUGACAACUUUUAAGUUUACAGUUUUAGUUCAGGUUCUCUCCUGAACUCCACUCAAAUAUCCAAGCUAUCUUACCUAACAUCACCACUUGGAUAUCUAAUAGGCAUCUGUAAUAGAAAUAUAUAUAUUUGGUCUUCUUCCUGUUCCUGACACAACAGUCCCAAAACCCUUGGAGUUUCAGUGAUGAAUGAUAAACUUAUGUUUUGUUAUGUUAAUGACAUGUUUGGAAUACCCCUACGUCACCUAAGGGUGGCAAUGGUGGCCAGUGGAGCCAAUCUUGUGAUUAGAGAGUUAGAAUGUUCAGUCCCCUCCACUCCUACAUACUCUCCCACCCAGCCCCACCACAGCAGAGGGGAGAGAAGUUGGAAAUUGAAUUCAAUCACCAAUGGCCAAUGAUUUAAUUAAUUUUGUCCAUAUAAAAUCCAGAAGUGGUUCAGAGACCUUCCAGUUGGUGGAGAUCCAGCGAGAGUGGUAUGUCCAGAGAGCAUGGAAGAUCUGUGCCCUAUGCAUCUCUUCCAUCUGGCUGCUCCUGAGUUAUAUUCUUUUAUAGUAAACCAGUAAUCUAGUAGGUAAAAUGUUUCUUGAGUUCUGUAAAGCCCUCUAGCAAAUUAAUCAAACUCAAUAAGGGUGUUUUGGGAACCUUAGAUUUAUAUAACUGGUGGGUCAGAAGCACAGGUGACAAACUGGACUCAGAUUGAGUUGAAUUCUCAGCUGAUGUCAGAGAAUUUCUUGGUGUCAGAAUAUAACAUCUCAAAGUCAAAGUGCUUCCAAACCAAACUUAUGUCCCACUUCAUCCCUCAACCCCCACCAUCCCCUACCCGAAAGCUGCUUUUCCAGUCUUUCCCAUUUUGAUUAAUGGCAACUCCAUCAUUCUUGCUUGGACCAAAACUUUGAAGUCAACCUCGACUACUUUCUGUCUUUCACACCUAACAUCAAGUCCAUUAGGAAAUGUUGUUACCUUCUAAAUCUAUGCAAAAUCCAAGCAGUCCCUAGCCUCUCCACCACUACCUCUGAGUCAUGCCUUGCCUGAAUUACUGCAAUGGCUUGCUCACUGGGCUCUCUGCUCUGCCCUUGGCCCCUACAGUUGAUUCUCCAUACAGCGGCCAGAGAGAUCCUGCUAAACAUCAGUUAAAUCAAGGUCUGGACCUCUAUAUAGUGGAAGGAAUAAAGCCCAGAUUCAUUUACCAGGUUGAGGCCUUUGAUCCAGAAGACACAAGGCGAAAUAUACCCCUCCGUUAUUUCCUGAUUCCUCCCUCAAACAACUUCAGCAUGUCUGCUAAUGGGAUCCUCUUCUCCACAACAGAAUUUGACUUUGAAGAAGGACAUAACAGUUACCGUCUCAUUGUGGAAGUGAGAGAUAGCCAAGGGCUCACAGCCUCCACGACGCUGCAGGUGAACAUUGUGAACAUCAACGAUGAAAUCCCUCGCUUCACCAGCCCAACUCGAGAGUUUGUGAUUCCGGAAGAGCUGGGUCCAGGAACCAUCGUGGCCAAUAUCACAGCUGAGGACCCUGAUGGCCAAAGCUUUACCAGUUUCCUCCUUUACAGCAUCACUACUCUUAACAGCUACUUCAUGAUAAAUCAGUUGACUGGUACCAUCCAAGUGGCCCACAGGAUAGACCGAGAUGCAGGUGAAUUAAGACAAAAUCCUGUCAUUUCUCUGGAAGUUUUGGUGAAGGACAGACCCAUAGGGGGUCAGGAAAAUCGCAUGCAGAUAACCUUUCUGGUGAAAGACAUUAACGACAACCCUGCUACUUGCACCAAGUUCACCUUCAGCAUUAUGGUGCCUGAAAACACAGCCAAGAGGACGUUGCUUCUGGACUUGAACUCGGUCUGCUUUGAUGAUGACAGUGAAGCACCAAACAGCCAAUUCAACUUUACCACACCAUCUGCAGUGGGGAGCCAUGGCAGAUUUUUACAGGAUCCAGCUGGCUCUGGGAAAAUUGUGUUGAUUGGUGAUCUAGAUUAUGAAAAUCCAAGUAAUCUAGCAGCCAGCAAUAAAUACAUGGUGAGGAUCCAGGUGCAGGAUGUGGCCCAUCCUUACUAUAAAAAUAACAUCUACAUUUAUGUUCUAACAAAUCCAGAAAAUGAGUUUCCUCUCAUCUUUGAUCAGCCAUCCUAUGUAUUUAACGUGUCCGAAAUAAGGCCAGCUGGAACCCAGUUUGGAAGGGUGCAAGCCACUGAUCAGGACCUCCCCCAGAGCAGCAUUGUAUACUCCAUCUCUGCUGGAGGGGCCGGCCUCCAGUACACAAACAUGUUUUGGAUUAAUCCCCAAACAGGAGAACUGAAGCUGGUGACUAAAGUGGACUAUGAAACAACCCCCACCUAUACUCUCAGAAUCCAGGCCACCAACAAUGAGGACACAAACUCAGUCACUGUUACUGUUAACAUCCUGGAAAAAAAUGAUGAGAAGCCAGUUUGUAUCCCAAACUCUUAUUUCCUGGCCAUCCCAGUGGAUCUGAAAGUUGGCACGAAUAUUCAAAAUUUCAAGCUGGUGUGUACUGAUCGUGAUUCCAGCCCCAGGUCUUUCCGUUACUCCAUCGGCUCAGGCAAUGUCAACAGUCAUUUCACCUUUUCUCCCAAUGCUGGCUCCAAUGUCACACAGCUGCUCCUUGCGACUCGCUUUGACUAUACUGGUGGGCUCGAUAAGAUCUGGGACUACAGACUACUUGUCUAUAUAACUGAUGACAACUUGCUGUCUGGCAGGAAGAAAGCUGACACUCUGGUUGAAACAGGGACAGUGACACUGAGUAUUAGUGUCAUUUCUCACCCAACUACUAUUGUCACCACAACCUCCAGGCCCAGGAUCACCCACCAGAUCCUGAGGAAAAAUGCUUAUUCUCCAUCAGCGUGGUACGUGCCUUUUGUCAUCACUUUUGGCUCCAUAUUGCUUCUGAUUUUCCUGGUGACUCUGAUGGUCCAGUUGGCUAAUGCCAUCCACAGACAUUGUCCCUGCAAGACCAGGAAGCACAAGACACCUCUAGUGAAGAAAGGAGAAAUGAAGAAUACAAAGAGAGAAGUUGUGGUGGAAACAAUCCAGAUGAGCACAGUCUUUGAUGGUGAAGCCAUAGACCCAGUUACUGGGGCAAAAUAUGAAUUCAACUCUAAAACUGGAGCCAGAAAGUGGAAAGAUCCCUUCAUGCAAAUGUCAAAGUGGAAAGAGUCCAGCCCCGAGGGAACCACCCCCAACAGAGCUGUGUCUGCAGAAGAGAUUGGGCUGCCAGGGAGCACUGACAAGGAGGGAAAUGAGCUGAGUGGCACAGCACAGGCUGAGAGUGCAGGCCCAGGUUCCAGAAACCAGGAUGGCAAGCCAGGCACCCAGAAGAAGAGAGACGCAGUCCUCACAAGCAGGCCUUACCCAAGCCACACACAGGAAAGUAAGCAGUGUCUGCUUCUUGGUCUCAUGGAAGAGCACAAGAGAGGGACCUUGAUUGUCUGAGGGAUGCUGCCUCACCCUAAAUUCUCUGAGGGCAAAUGAGGUGCACUAGGAGUGGAAAUGUGGCUUGAAGGGACUUGGAGAUCCAGGGUUGCAUGUGGGAUGUUUAAAAUAGCACAGAGGCGUUUGAAUGCACAGUUACCUUUUUCUGAGACAGCACAGGAGAAAUUUCUCUCAGGUAUCUGUGCUUCUGAUAAGAUGGACUGUUAACUUUUGGACACAGAAUUGUUGUGUUUCUUCCUGUUGACUUCUGGGAAGCUCCCUGAAGUUCACCCUAGGAAAAACACGGAAUUCCCUGACAUUAAUGCUGAGGACUACCCGCACAUCUGAUUUUAUCUUAUUUUCCUGCCUUCAUUUUAGUAUUGCUCAGAAUUCUUCACUUAUAAACACAGUUCAACACCAUACACCUUUGUAAGUCACCCUGACUCUUUUUUGAAAGAAGCCAUGCAGUGAAAAAAAGUAGCUGAAUAAAUGAUAUUAUUCUUCUGGGAAGAAGAAAACAAUAAACAUCUUUUAUUUUCUUUAUUGAGGUAUAACAUAUUUUAAAAAGUGUACAAACCUGAGGUAUUCAGCUUGAUAAUAGACUCCUCCCAGAGGUGGGAUGAUCUUUGUCAUCAUAGAUUAGUUCUGCUUUUUUGAAUUUCAUAUAAACGGAAUCAUACAGAUGUGCUCUUCUGGGUCUGCCGCCUUUUGCUCAUCAUAUCCUGUCUGUGAGAUUCCUCCAGGUUGUGCUGUAGAUCAGCGGCACUCCAGAUCUCUUCACUGCUGUGGUGGCUGCUUUACAUUUUUCACUACCAGAAAUUCCAGUGCUAUGAACCUUCUCAUGCGUGGCUUCUGGUGAGCAUAAACAUGUGCUUCUUUGGAGCAUAUUCCUAGGAGUGGGCUCGUUAGAGCCAUUGCUGGAGCCUGCUGAGAAUUCCACAGUUGACGGCUCCACUCUACACUUCCACCAGCAAUGAUUAAGGGUUCUGGUUGCUUUUCUUCCUUGUCAGCACUUGAUGUUGUCAGUCCUUUUAAUUAUAGUCAUCUGGAUUAAAAUUUUUCUUGAAAUAAAGUCACUCUUUUUCUUAAAGCCAAAAAACACCAACCUUACAACCUCCCUGCCCUGCUCCUCCCUUGACUCUUGAGAUUGGAGGGACCAUAGGAGUCAGGUAAGGACACAAUGAGAAGUUCUAUUAACUGUAAAACUGGGUGUCAGCAGUGAAUGGAAAAUAAACCAUACCAUGAUGGAGUAGCAAAUGGAACUUCUCAGUGUGCGCCUAGUGGAGAAUGAGCAAUCUUUGUUUUACCUCCAUGUUCUGCUCCCCAGUUGCUGAGCUAUUAGUCCAAUAACAAAAAAGAAAGGACCAGGUGAGAGUCUAUUAGAGCAACAGCUCCUUCCCAGGUGAGAAGCCAGGUAAGAACUCUUCACAAUGGCCUGUAGGGGGCAGGCAGGAUCCAUCCUGCAAAUGCAGAACUUACAGGGAGCAGCUGCUGGUUUCUUGUGUGCCGGUGUGCCAGUGUGACUUCCUAAGAAAAAGAAACAUUUAAAAAUGCCCUGUCCUGGCCUAGAGCAGACAAUGAUCUAUUAAUAAGGGUUGGUUGCCAGGGAACUCCCUUGAAUAGGUUUAAAUUUUGCAAAAGAAGGCAGAGCUGUUCAUUUGUGGAGGUUCAAGUGGGUGAAGUGGCUGAUUACCCAUUUAAGACUCUGAAAGUCUGUGGAGUGCAGAGUAAAACACCUUCCUCAGAAGCUCUCAGCCUCAAUGCAAGUAAAAUGAGGCUCCAAGAAGGCUGAAGGGGGACCUAAUAACUGUUUAUGAGCCCAUUAAGGAUGAUUAGAAGAAGGGCGGUGAGCAGCUGUUUUCCCUUCUUCAGUGAUGACAGGGCUAGAGGGAAUUGUGCUUCUCGGCCAGAAAAAGAGAUUUAAGUUAAGAACAGGAGGGAUUUCCUGAAGGCUCGGGUCUGCCUGAAGAGCUCACUUUCCUCCCUGGCAAUAGGCAGGAGGAGUUGCUUGCCUACCCAGCCCCAAGCUGUAAACCCUAAGGAACUCAAGGCAUGGGGUCAGGGGUGCACCAGCAGGCUUUGGCCAAGAGAAACUCUGCCUUUCCUUUCUCAUAUUUGGCUAUUUUAUUAGUAGAAAUCAGAAGUGUGAGGCCCAGGGUUGAAGGCCAUUGGUUUCUAACAUUUACCAGGUUUGGAAAAAAAAAAGUAUCUAAAUGAAAUGAAGCCAAGGACCAUUGUGGAUCUUGUAGAAGUUUUCCUCCUUUUAGUUCCCAAGGCCUUAAGCAGGAACAAACUUAUUGUAGCUAAUGUUGACCUGACUGAUUUUAAGUCAUUGUAAAAUUGGGGUAAGAUGUUCAGGGAUUAGAACACAGAGGGAUCCCUGAUUAUUGAGGAAUUUGAAACCACGUGGUGAACUCUCAAGUUUGAGCUCUCCAUUGUGCUUAGUAGGAGGUGGGAACCAGGGACCACAUCUCUGCCUGUCUGGAAAGCAUGUGUGGCUCAGUAACAGACACUGGGCAAUGACACCUUUGCUCCUCAGAGCCCUCUUUCACAUCUGUAGUUCUAUUGUUUGCCUUUUUAUGAAAUAUGUUUUGUGAUGGCUGAGAAAAUUAAAGCAACAAAAUGAGUGAAUAUAGAAAAUGAUCACUAUUAAAACGUGGGGUUUUUCAUUUUAAACUUCAUGUGUGUGCUUAUACCUCCCAUGCAUUCAAUAAAGAUU